AUGCUUGAGGACUCGGGGUCACCAAAGCCGGUAGUAACCUUUCUGGGACCCGUGGCAAGCUACACACAUCAGGCUACCCUUGACGCCUUCAACUCUUCAGACUUUACCCUUACUCCCGUCAUCACCAUCGAAGACGUCUUCGCCUCUGUUCAAUCUGGCACUGCUCACCGCGGCGUCGUCCCCUUCGAGAACUCUUCCAACGGCUCCGUAGUCUUCACCCUCGACCUCUUCGCCGACCUGCAGCACAAGUACCCCGAAAUCAUCGUCUGCGGCGAGUCCUACAUCGCCGUGCAGCACUGUCUCCUCGGACAUCCUAAUUCCCGUCAUGCCUCUCAACCAAGUUCAGUAUCUGAGAGAUUUGGAGGAAGUAGGGUCGGAAGCGGUGUGAUUGAAAGUCCGCUUAGUAGUGGUGCCGUAACGCCCACCUCCACCAUCCCUAACCCGCAAAAGCCCACCGCCCGCCCUGCAGGUGACCUUUCCAAGAUCAAGAAGUUGUACUCCCACCCGCAGGCCUGGGGUCAGUGCAAAAUUUUCCUCAACACCUAUCUCAAGGGCGUGGAGAGGCAGGACGUCAGUUCCACGUCCCGCGCGGCGCAACUGGUGGCUGAGGAUCCCACUGGAGAAAGUGCCGCGGUGAGUAGUGUUAUUGCGGCGAGGAUUCAUGGGUUGGAGGUGUUGGCGAGAGGGAUUGAGGACCGUGGGGACAAUACGACGAGGUUUUUUGUUAUUAGGAAACGUGCUGAAGUUGAGGUUGGCGAGACGAAGUCGGUUGAGGGGAAGCAGAGUGGGAAAGAUGAACGAGGGGAGGGUGAUUGGAAAACGCUCGUCAGCUUCACGAUUGACCACGCGAACCUGGGUUCGUUGGCGCACUCGCUUGCGGUGUUUGAAAAGUAUGGGCUUAAUCUCACGUCCAUCAAUACACGACCUUCCGGCGUGGAGAAUUGGAACUAUAUUUUCUUUGUUGAGCUGAAGGGUCGGAAGGAAGAGGGAAUAGAAGACGGGCCUGUGAAUAAGGCCUUGAAAGAUUUGGACAGUGUGUGUAGGUCGUGGAGAUGGCUGGGCAGUUGGGAGAAUAGGCUUGCGCGGUGA